CAUUCACAUCAAGAGUACCGUUCUGAAGGCCCUAACACGCAAUUUACAAACCAUCUUAUCAGCAGCUGCGCUUUGACUUCUCAAGAUGCCGUAUCUCACCACCAACGAUGGAACUGAGAUCUACUACAAGGACUGGGGCCACAAGGAUGCCUCCGGGACCGUCGUGUUUUCCCACGGCUGGCCGUUGAACAGCGACAACUGGGAGAAUCAGAUGUUCUUCCUAGCCAGCAAGGGAUACCGGGUCGUCGCCCACGACCGCCGAGGGCACGGCCGGUCCAGCCAACCCUGGACAGGCAACGACAUGGACACCUACGCCGACGACCUGCUGCAAUUGUUUGUACACCUCGACUUGAGGGAUGUCAUGAUGGUUGGCCACUCAACCGGAGGCGGUGAAGUGGCCAGGUUCUUAGGCCGCCAUGGCUCUAGUCGGGUCAAGAAGGCGGUUUUGGUCAGCGCGGUGACACCGCUCAUGCUCAAGACCGAAGCCAACCCCAAGGGCACGCCGAUCGAGGUCUUCGACUCGUUCCGGGCGGCCAUGAUCAAGGACCGCUCACAAUUCUUUAUUGAUGUCCCCUCUGGUCCCUUCUUCGGCUUCAAUCGCCCGGGCGCUCAGGUCUCCCAGGGUCUCAUUCAGUCCUGGUGGCAGCAGGGCAUGAUGUGCGGGUUCGUCAACUCGUACGAGUGCGUCAAGGUCUUCUCGGAGACGGACAUGACCGAGGACCUGAAGAAGAUCGACAUCCCUGUGUUGGUGAUGCACGGCGACGAUGACCAGGUCGUCCCGAUCGAGGCGAGCGCGCACGAAGCGAUUAAGCUGUUGAAGAAUGGCAGGCUGGUGGUGGUUAAAGGGGCACCUCAUGCGUUGCCCAACAUCAAAGCGGACGAGGUGAAUAGCGAGCUGUUGAAGUUUUUGGAGGAGAAAUGAGCUCCAGUUUGGUGGCUGGAUGUUGCCGGUACAUGAGGAUCGAUAGAGAAUUGACUUGUAUGAGACAUGAAUCCAUGAUAAAUGAAUGAUAUGCAGC